CAGCUGACAUAAAAUUAAUCAUGGUGACGUUUUUUAUUUUGGUGCGUGUGUUGUGAUUUAAUUUUAUUUGGAAAUAUUAAUAUUCCAGUUUCAGUUGAGGCCGCUGACCAAUAAACCAAAUGAACAAGACAGUAAUUUAUAAAAUUCUUGCAUAAUGUUUUGAACUACGUAUUAUAAUCGUAUUUUGGUGAACUGAUGGAUUAGAGGGUUCUAAUUUGAAUGUCAACCAUCAACAGUGAUUCUAUCUGUAUGAGAAUUAAAUGAUGGGCAAUGAAAACUCUCAACUUAAGGGCCUGGAGAUCGAAGAGAACCCUACUGAGGUAACAGACUUUUGGGCUCAGUACCAAGCUACAAUCAAGGAUAGCUGCAGAUACUUUAGCCUCAAAAGUGAUGGUUCAGUUUCUGUAUUUAAGGGAGAAGCAGUGCUGGGACCCCUGUGGUCUGUUUCUACACCAUUAGAAAAGUUUUCCAAUAAUUUAUUGAAAUACCGCCAUCCAUGUAUAGUUCGCUACAUAUCAUCAUGGCAGCAGAGGUCCACCUUCCACCUUGCUACUGAAUUUGUGCAACCAUUGUCUCGAGUGCUCAGCUCAAACAAUGCUCUUCAGAUUUGUAUCGGACUUAAUAAUAUUCUGAGAUCUUUGGUGUUCCUCCACGAGCAGGCUGGUAUGUCCCACAACAAUGUCAGUUUAUCAGCUGUGUAUGUGAGUGGGGAUGGCCAGUGGAAGCUCGGCGGACUACAGUACUUAUGCUCCUUCACUGAGUUGACUCCUGCUUAUCUGAAGCAUGCAAGAAUCCAUAGAUAUGAUAAGGCUGUAGAUCCAAGUGAAGAUUCAUACAAAGUGACUGGAAAAGUAGAUCAGUAUGCAUUUGCUGUUUUAGUGGAAGAUGUCUUUAAAGGGUGUAAAGAUGAUGAAGUGCCUCACUUGCGCGAAUUCAGAAAGUACUGUCACGACAAGCUCCAGAACAGCGACCCCGCUCAAAGACCCGACCUGUCCGAGGUGCUGCAGCACAGCUUCUUCAACCAUGAAUUCAUAUCAAUAUACAAAUUCCUCAACUUCCUGCCUUUGAAGUCUAACGAGGAGAAGAGCUCGUUUUUCUCUAACAUCCUAGAGAAUCUGCGGAGCUAUGACGAGGAGACGGUGGCGGCGCAGCUGGGCGGGCUGCUGCUGGCGCGGGUCACGCUGCUGGACGACACUGCCAGGAAGGAUGUCAUACCCUACAUAUUCAAGCCAAAUAAUGAAAGAACAGCAGAUGAUGAAAACAAUGGUUUUUUUAGUCUUGCCGUUUUCAAGGAGCAUUUGAAACCCCGAGUAUUGCAGCUGUUCGGCGUGCGAGAUUCGCAAAUAAGGCUGCUCCUUCUAACGCAUUUCUCAAAAUUCGUCCAUGUAUUCACCCAUGAAGAACUGUCACAACAAAUUCUACCGGAGUUACUUCUUGGGAUCAAGGAUACUGAUGACAAUUUGGUAGCGGCAACAUUAAUAUGCUUGAGUGAGUUAGUGCCCGUGCUGGGAGCAGAUACAGUGGUCGGAGGUAGGAGAAUCAAAUUGUUUACUGAUGGGAGACCAAACUCGAAAAAUAGCACAUACAAUUGUAAUUCAAAAACAAUCAGAACUUCUAAUCUUCCUGCUAAGUCCCUGCAAGAUUUUUCGUGCAGUGAAGAAAUAAUUUUCCAAGGAAGCAAUAAUUCACUAGCUUUACCACUAAACGAAAGGCCGACUCCUGUCGGAGGAGAAGCAAUAGACGACGAUGUGAAAGUAUUAGAAUCAGACAGUAAGAUUAUGGAAAGUGAGGAGGACUGGAGCGACUGGGAGAACAGUCAUCACAAUAUACAUUCCGGUGAACAUUCCGAUGGUCACCUACUCAUACUAACGGAUACACAGGAGGAACAGACACGAUUGAAUGACAAUAUUCUAGACGUGCCUGCGAACCCGCAAUCGAAGAUAGAUAAGAAUGAUUACCUACGGAAAGCAGCUCUUGAUGCGAAAAAGAAUAUGGUUGACAUAUCAGACUUGGAUAUAAAAAAUCAAAAGUUCGAGUUCACGAAAAAAGGUGGAGAUGAAUUUGAUUUCUUUGCGGAUAUGACUCCAGUUAUUGAAAAGCCGACUAUAUCAAAUGUAGUUGACGUGAAAUCUGUAAGUACGGAUUUGAGCAGCAAGUUGAACUUUGUGCCCGAUCUGGACGAGGGUGGGGAGGGCAGCGAGGGCUGGGGCGACGACUGGAGCUAACUGCUGUAAUGUAAGAAUUCAAUUCGUAUCGUAUGUAGAUGUAUUAUAAAUUAUAUGUGUAAAUAAAUAAUAAAAUCAUAUAAAAAUA